CGAAUCAUACGGCAUCCUUGAGCUAGGGUUCGUACCCAGCCGCCACCCAUAUCCGGGCCGCCGCCGCUCGAUCUCCGGCCACUGGCGGCGCAGCCCUCCUCCAGCCGGCGGAACGACAUCCUUCGCCCCCGAGGACCUCGCUCCCGGCGCCGAUUGGUCACACCCCGUGGCCUCUGCCCCGACCCGAGCUCCCAACCGACAGGGCGCACUCGAGAUUCGCCGACGAGCUCACGAGCCGCCGUGUCUUCUGCUUCGUCGUCGACGUGCCGAGCCGGAGAACCCCCGAGAUCCCCCCACUCGAGUUCAACGAUACACCAUAAAUUAUCUGUGCCCCAAAAUUUGAAAGAUCACAAAGAGAAAUGGACCGUGGGCGUUAUGGUCCACAUCAUGGAUGGGAGAACAACAGUGCACCUGAUGGGUAUGGUGUCAUUAAUGAGCCAGACUUUAGGGCUGGUGGAUCCUACAGUGGUAGGAGAUAUGUGGAUGAAGGAUUUCCUAGCGAUCGAAGGGGUGCGUUUGGUCAAGAUAUACAUGAUAGAAAUAUGUAUGCACUACCACCCUCUGCUGGCACGAUGUGGUCUCAGCCUCGAAGAAAUUCUGAUGAGGAUUUUGCAACUGCCAAAGAUUACAGAAGGAACAAAAGGGUUGGAAGUAGAGAUAGAGGGGAGUUUGGUGCUCAGUUUGAAGACCGCUACCAAAGCAGAGAGGACAGCUUUGAAAGAGAUCAUCAAUAUGGCCGUUACAGCUGUGAUUCAGACUUUGAGAAGGGAAGGAGAGAGAGUAGCUGGAGAAGACAUGAUUCGUUUGAGCAUGAACGUGAAAGGAAGGGGUUAAGCCAUGAAAGAGAUGGUAGCCCAUAUGCUCGUCAUAGCCGUUCUCGGUCACGUGGGCAUGAUAACCGAUCAAGAUCUCGGUCAAGAUCAAGGUCUCCGCGUGGCAAAAGUCAUAGUCGGAGCCAAAGAGAUGGUUAUGAUGAUAAUCGCUUUGACAGAAGAAGAGAACAGGACUGGGAUGAAAGAAGGCAUGAUGAUAUAGUGGCACCAUCUGCGACUGUUGUUCUUAAGGGUCUGUCCCAGAAGACCAAUGAAGAUGACCUAUAUCAGAUUCUUGCUGAGUGGGGCCCUCUUCGUAGUGUGCGCGUGAUCAAGGAGCGACCCUCUGGCGUUUCUAGGGGAUUUGCUUUUAUUGACUUCCCUACUGUGGAAGCUGCCCGCAAAAUGAUGGAUAGUACGGGAGACAAUGGCCUUCUGAUUGAUGGUAGGCAGAUAUUUUUCGAGUACAGUAGUAAGCCACCUGGUGGGGAUUCUCUUGAACAUGUUACAAGGCCUACAUAUGGGCGCAGGAACAUAUCCGCACCAUGUGAUUGGAUAUGUACUAUAUGUGGCUGUAUGAAUUUUGCCCGCAGAAUGUCCUGUUUUCAGUGCAAUGAGCCACGUACGGACGAUGCUCCACCAGCUGAUGCAGCAUCUUCCACUCAACCAUUUGGAAAACGGGGAUCUGAACUAGGUCCAACUCAUGUUUUAGUUGUUCGUGGCCUGGAAGAAAAUGCUGAUGAGGAAAUGCUUCGAUAUGAAUUUGCUAAGCAUGCGCCAAUAAAGGACAUCCGGCUUGUUCGGGACAAAUUUACUCAUGUGUCUAGAGGUUUUGCAUUCGUCCAUUUUCAUUCGGUCGAAGAUGCUACGAAAGCCCUUGAAGCUACAAAUGGAAUUAGACACGAGAAAAAUGGUCAGGUGCUACGCGUAGCCUAUGCUAAAAGCACACAUGGACCUGCAUCGGGGUCUUCACAGUCAAACAAUCUUGCCGCAGCAGCCAUCGAGGCUGCGUCAUUUGCACAGCAGUAUGAUGCUGUGGGUUGGGCUCCAAAAGAGUACAAUGCUGAGGACAAACAGAACAGCAAUUCGGAAUCUCAGAAAGAUGAUUCCGCUCCACAGUCAGGAUUUGUUUGGGACGAAAAGUCGGGCUAUUACUUUGAUUCUUCUUCUGGAUUCUAUUAUGAUGGAAAUACUGGUCUUUACUAUGACAGCAAUGUUGGAGUUUGGUAUUCGUAUGAUCAAAAAAGUCAACAGUAUGUCCCGUGUAACGAAAGCAACAACAGUAAGGCAACUGGGGACACAGUCAAUGAAAGUGUGAAGAUCCCUGAAAGUAACAGUGGUAAAAAGGUGGUGAUUUCUGCACCAGCAGCCACAGUUAAACAAAGUGAGAAAACUUCAUUGCCUGAGGCUGUUCAAGCUGCGGCCAAUGCAGCGCUAGCUGCUGAAAAGAAAGAAAAAGAGAAAGCAAAGGAGAUAAAGCUGGCUUCAAAAAUUAGUCUCUUAGCCAAUAAGAAGAAGAUGAACAAUGUCCUAGCAAUGUGGAAGCAAAGGAAUCAAGAAGGCCAGGCUGCACAGAGUACUUUUGAUGAUAAGGAACCAACCAGGUCUGUUGCUGAUAAAUUGAACAGUUCACCCAGUGGAAUUGGGUUCUCAUUGAAACCCAAGCCUAAGUCCGAUGUUGGAAACCCAAGCUAAGUUGCUGGAUAUAAUUCUCUUGGCCGAGGAACUGAUGGCUCUCAAAUACUGGAUUCUGACAUAAAGCCUAGACCUGUCAGUAAUAGUCUAGGAACUACUGUUAUGGGUGUCAUAAGGGGCUCUGGCAGAGGAGCAAUCAAGUCAGAUACCACAUUUCAUGUAUCAUCUGAUGUUGGCGGAAGCAAUUAUUCAUCUAAUAUAACCACAAGGACAAGCGAGAUAACUGCAAAUGCUGAGACACAUACUCCUGCACCCUUCAAAACAGAUUUAUCCUCUCUAGGAUCAUAUUCUUCGUCUGGAGUUUCUGGGAGUGCUAAACGUCGGUUUUCUGAGGCACCAGGACAAUCCCAGUAUAGAGACCGUGCUGCAGAGAGACGAAGUUUAUAUGGAUUAUCUUCAUCGCUUUCCAAUGAUGGACUGGAUACAACUGGUGACUAUCCAUCUCGAAAGGGUUCAAGUGAGAUGGGAUCCAUGCCAUUUCCUCCAGGGGUGGGUGAACGUUCUGUUGGUGAAAUUGACAAUACUGAAAAUUAUGAGGUGAUCACUGCUGAUAGAGCAAUAGAUGAGAACAAUGUGGGCAACCGUAUUCUGCGCAACAUGGGUUGGCAAGAAGGAUUGGGUCUUGGAAAGAACGGUAGUGGCAUCAAGGAGCCGGUGCAGGCUAAGUCUGGUGACGUGAGGGCUGGGCUUGGUAGUCAGCAGAAGAAAGCAGCCGAUCCAACUCUGGAGGCUCAAGCUGGUGAUAGUUAUAAAACCAUAAUCCAGAAGAAGGCCAUUGCAAGAUUCAGGGAGAUGUCUUAAUUGUUUUUGUCUUGUAAUUUUAGUUGGGCUACUCGUUCUAUUGGAGCUAAAAGGUUGUGCAUAAAUCUAACUAGUGUGUGUUAGAGACCUUGAGACUUCUCUGUGUGUUGCACCCGCGGUUUUACUUUCAUUGUUUGAGCAAUUUUUUUUAGCACAAAGUACUUUAUUCUGCCUCGUGUUUUUUCUGGUUUGACCA